ACUGAACCCAAGAGAUUUUUUUGUUGAUUUGGAUCUAUUUGGUUAUCAAAGGUUCAUUGUAAUUGUACGUUUUUGGUUGCAAUUACUUCCUCGAUGUGGUUGCAGAAACAGAUGAGAUGAAUUUUGCUUAAAGAGGAAAGAAAUAAUCAAUCAUCGUUUUUUUGUCCUUUAUCGGAAGCAAUUUCAGACAUGUCUGUUAUUGGAAAGCGAGGAUUUCAUCACAUGCAGAAGCUAAAGCUUGCAAAUGUCCCUGCUGAAUUCAUAGAGAAGGGGCAAAAUCGUGUUAUUGAUGCUUCUCUUACACUUAUUCGUGAGAGGGCAAAGCUCAAGGGAGAGCUUGUCCGUGCCUUAGGAGGUGCUUCAGCGUCGACCUCCCUUCUUGGAGUUCCUCUGGGGCAUAACUCCUCGUUCCUUCAGGGGCCAGCAUUUGCUCCUCCACGUAUUAGGGAAGCUAUCUGGUGUGGUAGCACAAAUUCAACAACUGAAGAAGGGAAAGAAUUAAAUGACCCACGAGUGCUAACAGAUGUUGGAGAUGUCCCUGUCCAAGAAAUUCGAGAUUGUGGUGUCGAUGAUGACAGACUGAUGAAUGUCAUAAGUGAGUCUGUCAAGCUAGUGAUGGAACAGGACCCAUUACGGCCACUGGUUUUAGGUGGAGAUCACUCAAUAUCCUUUCCUGUUGUAAGGGCUGUCUCUGAGAAGCUUGGGGGACCUAUAGAUGUUCUUCAUCUAGAUGCCCACCCUGAUAUCUAUCAUGAAUUUGAAGGAAAUAAAUAUUCACAUGCAUCUUCCUUUGCCCGAAUAAUGGAGGGCGGUCAUGUUCGUCGACUUUUGCAGGUGGGCAUCAGAUCAAUUACAAGAGAAGGCCGUGAACAAGGCAAAAAGUUUGGAGUAGAGCAAUUUGAAAUGCGAACAUUUUCAAGAGAUCGUGACCUUUUGGAGAAUUUGAAACUUGGGGAAGGCGUAAAGGGAGUUUAUAUUUCAUUAGAUGUGGACUGUCUUGAUCCUGCAUUUGCUCCUGGGGUAUCUCACAUUGAACCGGGAGGUCUCUCAUUCCGCGAUGUCCUCAACAUCAUCCACAACCUCAAGGCUGAUGUUGUUGCUGCAGAUGUGGUCGAGUUCAACCCACAACGUGACACUGUUGAUGGGAUGACUGCCAUGGUUGCUGCUAAACUGGUAAGAGAACUGACUGCAAAGAUAUCCAAAUGAGGAUAUUACUUGUGGCCUUUCCACGCUUCCCAAACCUUUUCCUGUUACCAGAAAGUUUUGUCCCUCUGUUAGAGCUCUCAGAGAAUAGGGUUCACCCCUCUUGAAAGUUUGAUUGGAUCAUUUUGAAGGAAUUAUUUAUUUGUAGUUGCAAUAGUAUUGUAUUGUUGACUAAAAU